AGCUUCAGCUGUACCGGGCAAUGCUAGCUCCGCCGCAGUCAAACAUUGCGAAUUAUGUCGUCCCCGAUGAAGAUUGAUCAGAUCAGAGCCCAGUUCCCCGGGCUCUCGCAGGACCAGGUCCUUGCCGACAUUGCUGCCGGAUCCCAGGUGGUCGCCAGCUGCAUCGAAUCAAUCCGUCACUACAUGUCCAAGACCAAUGUCCAGCCCGGCUUUGACUACACUCCCUCGCAACAGGCCGCGAGUCUCAUCGACGGCUCCCUGCAGGCUACCGCGCGAUACAUCAACGCAUCACCCGACGAGGUCGUCUUCGGCUACUCCACCGCGCAGAUUGUGCGGGCCGUGAGCAUUGCACUCAAGUUCCAGCCUGGAGACGAGAUUGUCCUGAGCAAGAUAGACCACGAGUCGCAUCUCUCCCCGUGGGUGCAGGUCGCGAAGUGGAAGGGCCUUGCAAUCCGGUGGUGGGUGCCUUCCAGGGACACCAGAACCAACCCGAAGCUUGAAGCAGACGAUCUGCUCGACCAAGGUCUGGUCAACAAGAAUACGAGGAUUGUGUGCUUCACACACACGAGCAAUGUGCUCGGCUCUAUCACCAACGUUGCUGCAAUCUCCCAGGCGAUCAAGUCCGUCAAUCCACAGACGUUGGUCAGCGUUGAUGGAGUCGCCUACGCCCCUCAUUCCCGGAUCGACGUGCAAGCCUUUGGCGUUGACUUUUACUUCUUCAGCUGGUACAAAGUCUACGGGCCGCACAUUGCAACUGGAUUCGUGGCUAGAUCGGCUUUCCCACAGCUAGAGUACCUGGGGCAUUACUUUCUCCCGAAAACGAGUGCGCAGUAUAUCCUGGGCCUGACGAGCGGGAGUUAUGAAGCGAUCCAGAGCAUCUCCGCAGUGAUAGAAUACGUCAACAGCGUCGGCUGGGACUGGAUCGAGCAGCAGGAGACGGUCCUGCAGGAAGAGCUCUUACGCUUCGUGCGAUCUCGGGACGAUAUCCAACUGUAUGGUGACCCUUCGUCCGAUCGGCGUGCAAGGGUCCCUGUCAUCAGCUUUAGAGUGUCCGGCUCCUCUGCGGAUGUAGUUCGUGAGAUCUAUGCGGAAUCGAAGUGCCGACCUACGGCGGACAACUACUGGGCGCGGAGGCUGCUGGAAGACGUGCUGCGUGUGGAUAUGGAGGACGGAGUCAUUCGCUGCUCUUUUGUGCAUUACAACACAGUUGAGGAGAUUCAUUGCCUUGUGAGGGCCCUGGAGAAGGUUUUGGACAGAUGAACAUAGUUUCAGAG